AGCUCAGAGGACUAGGUGCCAUAAAGGCACAUGUACCAGCUUGUUUAUUUGCACUGGAGAAAGAGGCUGGAGUUCUUUCUGGCAGAAGGUGCCAGCCGUGGUAACACUCCCAGAAUACCUUUCCCGGUAGCAGCCACCAAAGGGGCGUGUCCCGUGGUGGAGUUACACAAGCAGGUUCUGUGCAAGCGGCGAGGGCUUUUCCUUUCAGAUUCCCACUUCCUGAAACCAAAACCAUUGAGGAGAAACGCUGUAUUUCCAGGAAGCUUGUACCGGAAUUAAGGAUUUUCAGAGUCGCAUUGCUGGUCUUAAGUUUCCCUUCUUCUCUAGGAUCAAAGUACCUCAGCCUUCAAGGGGCUUGCUUUAUUGAGAAUCAAUGGCUCUCCUAGGUCAUUGAUCACCGUAGACCCAGGGACACUCAAUUCAUCCUGGAGGGCGGGUAAUCAUCAUGAAUAGUCAAGAUGCUGUGGCCUCGAUCUUGCAUGAAUGUAAGCAAGUGCUGGAUCAUCUCUUGUUGGAAACGCCAGAUGUGUCUACAGAGGACAAGAGUGAGGACCAGCGGUGUAGAGCUUCCCUCCCCAGCGAGUUAAGGACCCUGAUCCAAGAGGCAAAGGAAAUGAAGUGGCCCUUCGUGCCUGAAAAGUGGCAGUACAAACAAGCGGUGAGCCCAGAGGACAAAACAAACCUGCAGGAUGUGAUCGGCGCCAGGCUGCAGCAGUUACUGGCGGCCUUGCGGGCCUCCAUCCUCGCCCAGGACUGCGCCUCCGCCGCUGCUAUUGUCUUCUUGAUGGACCGGUUCCUGUACGGACUCGACGUCUCGGGAAAACUCCUGCAGGUCGCCAAAGGCCUGCACAAGUUGCAGCCCGCGACGCCCAUCGCCCCGCAGGUGGUCAUCCGCCAAGCCCGGAUCUCCGUCAACUCAGGGAAACUGCUGAAGGCAGAGUACAUCCUGAGCAGCCUGAUACGCAACAACGGAGCAACCGGCACCUGGCUGUACAGAAACGAAAGUGACAAAAUCCUGGUGCAGUCGGUCUGUAUACAGAUCAGAGGGCAAAUUCUGCAAAAGCUAGGCAUGUGGUAUGAAGCGGCAGAGUUGGUAUGGGCCUCGGUCGUAGGCUAUUUGACACUCCCUCAGCCAGAUAAAAAAGGCAUUUCCACAUCACUGGGUAUACUGGCAGACAUCUUUGUUUCCAUGAGCAAAACAGAUUAUGAAAAGUUUAAGAACAGCCCACAGGUUAACUUGGCCUUGCUCCAGGAGUUCGACCACCAUUUGUUGUCAGCAGCGGAAGCCUGCAAACUGGCAGCGGCCUUCAGUGCCUACACACCCCUGUUUGUGCUCACAGCUAUGACUAUCCGUGGCACGUGCUUGUUGUCAUACAGCUGUUCUACUGACUGCCCUCUGGGAAUGAGAAGUGUGUAUCUGUGUGAUGCCAAAGAGGCAUUUGCCAUCGGCCUCCUGACCAAGAAAGAUGGAGAGCUGGUCAGUGGGAAGCAGGAGCUACACAGCUUCAUCAAAGCCGCUUUCGGCCUCGCCACUGCACACUGCAGACUCCAUGGGGAGACAGAGGCAGUCCUUGCCGCAAGGCAGCUCUGCAGGGAGGCUGUGGGGAAGCUGUACACCUUUAGCACGUCCUCUACAAGCCAGGACAGAGAAGCCCUGGCUCAGGAAAUCAUGUCUCUUGUCAGCCAGGUGAAGAGACAUCUACAAGUUCAAAGCUUCCCAAAUCUAGAUGAUAGAUCUUACGUCCCAGAGAGUUUUAAAUGUGGCUUGGAUAAGCCUAUCUUGCAAGGGCACAUGGAUUUCCAACAAAUUCUUGAAACCUAUUCCCAACACCAUACUUCAGUGUGUGAGGUAUUUGAAAGCACUUGUGGGAACAGCAAGAGCCACCAGAGAAACACAAAACCAGAGGUCUGUAUCACUGCUCUGAAAACAGAAACAAACACCCUGGAUACUAUGGGCGCUAGUCUAGAAAAACUGUGUUCUCAAGAGAGCAGGAGUAUAGCUUCCUCCCAGAUGGCUGAGAAAGACCAGGAGAAGCUCGGAAGAGGAAGGAGGAGAAGCUGGACCCAUUCGGAGGCAUUUCGAGUCUCCCUGGAUCAAGAUGUGGGAGAGACUGAGACUGAGCCCCCAAGCUCCAGCAAUGGCAGAGCGGAUGUUCCCCAUACGUCUCUGAGUGACAGCCGUAGCGCCAGUUCUUGGAGCAAACUGUCAGGGCUCAGCUCUUCUACAAGCUGGGAGGAAGUGAGCUGUGGUGUUGCGGAUACAGGAAAGAAAGAAUCCAGCAAAGAGGAACGUCCUGUGGACACUCAGUGCUCCACAGCUGUAUCUGAGGAGCCCGAGAGUGACAGAAGAUGCAGAGCUACAUAUUGGCUGUUUUCAAAGCUGCAUGGUGUCUCUCUUCAGGCAACCGAAGAUCACAACCUAGAGUCUUCACAAAGCCAGCUGCACAAACACACGUCUCUUACGCCCAUCCUUCCUCUCAACACAACAGACACUUGCUUGGCCUCGGGUACAGCGCUGUCAGAAGCCCCUGAAGGAAACCAGGAUAUCAGGGAUGAAGGUCUUAGGAAUACUUCUCUUCAGUGCAGCCCUUCAUGUGGUUCUGUUUCCUCAUCCUUGUCUGGUUCUGGCAAGUGCACAGACAUGGCCACAUAUCCUUCAGUUCAAGAUGAAGAAACCUGUGAAAUACCUGGUCAUUUUCCAGAAACCAAGUGUGACGUCAAAGACCAGUGUAGAGGAAAGAAUAGGGGGAAACUCACUGAAAGAUUCAUAGGGCCUGCCUUUACAGAUGACGCUUCCUCAGUUGACCCAGAAGGGGAAACAGAAGAAAGCAAAGAUGAGCUGCCACACUCUCAGGUAGUACUGGGAUGUUUAGAAGACAACCAUUCAAUGCUGACAUGUAGAACUUUCUCUCCUCAUUGGUCUGUUCAAAAUGUCGACUCAGCAAAGACAGGCAGCUCAGUCAAAGACCAAGGUGUGGAUCCUGAUGCCUCUACAGAGAAUGAGGAGGGCCAACUACUUGACAGCACAGAGGUCCACUCCACUUGCCAACACGGCGCUCACAGACCAGGUGCUUUGAGGCCAGGUCAGAGAGAUGAGAGGCCAAAUUCCUCUGUCAGUGGCUACAGUCCCUUCUCAGUCCUUGAGGACGACUUGAGCACCACGGAGGAAAAAAAGGAAGUCGGAAGCCUGCUGAAGUGUAGCCAGAACUCCAGCUCAUCCUUACAGUGGUGGCGGGAAUCGCCUGCCUUUUCCAAAAGUUCUUUGGAGGGGGAAAGUUCAUGGUCUCCUCUGAACUCCAGUAGGAGUUCUUUUGUCUCAUUGCCAGGGCAGACCAGGCAAGAAAUCCUUGAAGCUCGCACCCUACAGCCUGAUGACCUUGAAAAACUUCUGGCAGGAGUGAAAAAUGAUUGGCUGCUUCAGAGACUGGAGAAUACAGGGGUUUUAAAGCCCAGUCAACUCCAACAAGCACAUAAUGCCCUUCUGCUAAAAUAUUCCAAAAAGUCUGAGUUGUGGACUGCCCAGGAAACUGUAGUGUAUUUGGGGGACUACCUGAAAGUGAAGAAGAAAGGCAAGCAGAGAAACGCAUUCUGGGUCCACUAUCUUCAUCAGGAGGAAACUCUGGGGAGGUACGUUGGGAAAGAAUACAAAGAGUGGAAGGGGCUCCGGCACCACUUCACCGACGUGGAGCGGCAGAUGACGGCUCAGCACUACGUGACGGAAUUUAACAAGAGACUCUAUGAGCACCAGAUCCCAACGCAGAUAUUCUACAUCCCAUCCACAGUGCUGCUGAUUUUGGAAGACAAGACUAUAAAGGGAUGCAUCAGUGUGGAACCUUACAUACUGGGAGAAUUCGUCAAGUUAUCAAAUAACACGAAAGUAGUCAAAACUGAGUACAAAGCUACAGAAUAUGGCUUGGCUUACGGCCAUUUUUCUUAUGAGUUUUCUAAGCACAGAGAUGUUGUGGUUGAUUUGCAAGGUUGGGUGACUGGCAAUGGAAAAGGCCUCAUCUAUCUUACAGACCCUCAAAUUCACUCAGUUGAUCAGAAAGACGUCACUACAAAUUUUGGGAAGCGGGGGAUAUUUUACUUCUUUAAUAACCAGCAUGCAAGCUGUAAUGAAAUAUGCCGUCGUCUUUCUCUGACCAGACCUUCACUAGAGAAACCAAGUAAUAUGUAGGCUGUAGGUUGGCAGCUGGACAGGCCUCCAGGAGCCCAGCAUCAGAUCUGCCUCCUUCAGGGCACACAGCAUGGCAUGUAUUGAUCCUUUCAGCCACUGGAUGAUUCCAGCCAUUGACUUACAAGAGGAAUUGAAAAAUAUCAAUUCCAGGCCUACACUUGCUUGUCAGGACAAAAUCCUGCAGACCUUGUUCCCUCUGACACAGGGACAUGCCAGGGGGCCGUGCUAGGUUUUACAGUUGUAUGUGAUAUCGGAGGUCCUGAGUUGUAUGGUGAAGACAACAUAAGAGAUAAAAAAACUCAGUUGAAAACUUCUGUCAUUUAAGCCAUUGUGAUUUGGGUUUUUUGUCUUGUUUUUAUUUUUUUGGUUUUUUUUGGUGGUUUGCGUUUUUGUUUUGUUUGUUUGUUUGGAGGUUUUUGGUCAUUGUCUGUUAUAACUGACAAUAUUGCUGUUUUCCUAACUUGAGAGUUCCUUGUAUAUUUAAAAAGCCCAGACUCUUCUGAAAAGAUUCCAAUUUCUGUUUUUCUUUUAACAUUUGACUUUUCAUAAAACUGUUAUCCACA